GGACAUUGAUCAAAAGUUUGAUCCGGUACUUUUCCCUUGAUUUUCUCUGGCGGGAACUUAAGCGCUGACAACAAGCUUUUGGGUCGCCAACCUGCCAACGCGAUGCUGGGGCAAUGGAAAACAGAGCUUGGGACAGGUGUCCGCCUACCUUUAUCUGCAAGAUUGAACAGAACGGUUAUCGACAUGAUGGUAACCAAGCGCGAACAAUUUGAACAAUCCUACAAAACCCGCGAUAGAUACACUUAAAUCAUCGAAAACUCAUUAUUCUACCAUAAUUUCUGUGGCCGAACCUUCGGCCGGUAAUCCGAUAGUUGGAAGCACUGCCGAUGUGCCCAGCGGCUAUCGAUGGUUGGCACUCACCACGCUUUCAUUUAAGAUACCAAGAAACUCAUGUGUCUCUUGGAUUCAAUUGUGGAUUCUCCUUUUUAGACGUUUAUUUUCCAUCAUACCAAAUAAUUUGCAGUCGUUGUGGCUUUUUUUCCAAAACUCUAACGUUCGCUAUGGCAUCACGAUCUGAUUCAAAACAACCGCCAUGUCCUCACCCACCUGCAUCAAUGACAGUGCCACAAAUUCCGUCUCCUAUCCACACUGAACAACCCAAAUUAAUCGAGGAGAUGACUCUAUCGCCAGCAUCUGAAUCUCCAGUAGGCUUAAGAGGAGGUGGACAUCACAAUCGUCAUCAUCAUUCUCAUACAAAAAGAAAUACUGCAAUUGUGGGUGGUGUGUGUUGCUGUGAGUGUUGUGAAUGCUGUUGUUGCAUAUGACGAAAAGGAUGAAAAGGGUAGUACGGUUAUGAGAAUUUCGCGAUAAAUUCCACUUUUUAAAUAAAAGCAUGGAACUUUGGGGACGGAAAUAUCUUAUAAGUUAGCGGAAUGAAUUUAAAUAUUCCACUUGGAAGAUCAGCAUGCUAAAAUUGAGCAAGAUGCAGGCGUGAUUUAAAGUGAGGUUUAGAUGUCAAAGUCUGAGUGCCUCCACAUAUUUUGAAGGACGAAGAGAAUGUUAGUCGAGCCACUUGCCAUACCUUAAGUACUGAAGUAAUAAGAAAGCUUCA